GAUAAAUACAAGGCUCUGUCUUGCUCAACCCUAUUCUUUCUUCGAGUCUUCCUUCUCUGAGUAUCAAGCAACAAUAUCAGACAAUCAUGCGUGGAUUCAUCGCUCUUCUCUUGGUGGCUGUAGCCUACGCUUCCCCGGUGCUUCGUGCUCGAGAACCCAUCCAAGAUAGCUACAUCGUCAAACUACAGAAUGAUGUCGAUCUUGAUGAUUUCAUCUCGACCGUUCGACUUGCCGGAGGCAAACUGGGCAGUGUCUACCGUAAGGUCUUCAAAGGAUUCGCAGUAGAGCUUUCCAGCAAGGUCCUUGAUCUGGUAAGCAAUUUAUCACAAUUGUGA